AUGGAGAAGUUGUCGGCGAGCCUGUCGGAGAUCAGCUGGAGCCCGGUGGCGCUGCCGCUGGACGCCGUGGUCAGUAAGCACCGGCUGCCCACCCUGGUCCACCUGUCUCACGGUGAAUGUGUGGAGGGUCUGUCGGAGGAGGAUGUGGUGCUGUUACACUCCUGUCGGCAGUGGACCACAGUGACGGCCCACAGCUUAGAGGAGGGACACUACGUCAUUGGACCCAAGAUAGACAUCCCUCUGCAAUACCAGGGCAAGUUCAAGUUGUUGGAUGAAGACCGGGACGUCCGGGACCCGGUCCAGUAUUUCUCCAGCGUGGAGGAAGUCGCCGGCGUCUUCCCCGACCGGGUCUUCGUCAUGGAGACCAUCACCUUCAGUGUCAAGGUGGUCUCGGGGGAGUUCAGCGAGGACAGCGAGCCCUACAGCUUCACUCUGCAGGCGGGAGACGAGCUGUCACUCAUGGGGAAGGCGGAGCUCCUCUGUGCCACGCCCUCGAAGGAAAAGACGGGACUGAGCGCGCUCCUGAGACGCCUCGGGAAGACCCCCAGGAGUAAGACGCCCUGCCUGGUCUGUAUGAACCAUCGCACCAAUCAGAGCGUCAGCCUGCCCUUCGGCUGCCGCGGACGCUUCUGCACGCGCUCCCCUCUGGAGCAAGGCAUGCUGGGAGGGGAGCACACGGUCCGCAGCAUCAUCGAGAGGGUCCGCCUCCCCGUCAACGUGUCCGUCCCCUCGCGGCCGCCACGGAACCCGUACGACCGGCACGCGGUGCGAGAGGGCCACCGCUACAAGCUGCUCAACAUCGUCAGCAAGACGGUGGUGCUCUGCAUGGUGCUGCGCCGACAGGAAGUGUCCCCCUCCCACUUCCUGCUGCUGCGCUGCAUGCCCAGGUUCAACGUGGCCGAGGCCUCCGUCCACACGGCGGCGCUGGAGAGUCUCCUCCUCCGACACGCGUUCGACCCGGACGCCUACUCUCGGGCGGUGAGGGAGACUCGGCCCGAGCUGGAGUGCAUGACGGAGGAGUGCGUGAGCCCACGCCGCUCACGCAUGUGCGUGUCGGGUCAGGACUCGAUGGCGCCGGCCCUGCAGCGCCUUUCCAUGUGCGGGUAUGGGGGCGGGGUUUCGGACAGCCUAUCACAGCGCUGCAGGGACUCUUUUGGAGAGCGAAUGGGGGAGGGACCAGGUGAGGAGAGGGAGUACGUGACUCCUGAGUGGACUGAAGCCGAAAUGAGGACCAGUGAGGAAAUCCCUUACGAGGAACUCUGGACCAAUCAGAGCGCAGAGGGCUUGGGGAAGGAGCCGACCCUCAUCUCCUUCCAUUCCACUUCCUCGUUGGACGGCUCUCUUGGCACCGUGGUGACCAGGGUGUCCACGCCGCCGCCUGUGCCUCCAAAAUCUGAUGCUGUGAGAGAGGAGUGCCGCUACUUGAUCGCCCCUCCGGUCCCCCCCCGCUGCUCUAAGGGGGGCUCCAUCUCCAGCCCGGUGCCCAGCCCGCCCGUCCCACCUCGAUUUCCCAAAAACUCCACCUCCCCGAGACCCAACCUCUCUUUCUACUCCUCUGGACUCCACGGCAGCUGCUCUCCCUCUCCUGACGCCUCCUUGUACUGUUACCCGUGCUCCUGGGCCGACUGUCCCGCCCCCAGCCCGGCCAGUCCCGAGCCCGCCGCCACCAUCUCUGCAGACAGCACAGCCAAUCCUCAGCCAGCACAGGCCACCUGGGCGGAGCCGUGGGCGGAUUCCUUCACCUCCUCCGGACCCCGCCUCAGGCCGCCGCCUCCGCAGAGUCGAUUCGCUCCCUUUGGGGCGUUGAACCCCUUCAACCGCCAGUCCCCUUGCCCCUCGCCGGAGCCGGCUCCCGACCCCACCACAGAUGCCUCCAGAGGUGCAGAGGGUGGUGGGACAUCCAUGGUGGUCAUUGAGGGGCUGUCCCUGACCCCUGACCCCACCUGGCGGCCCCCCGCGGACCUCUCUGCCCUGUCGUUGGAGGAGGUGUCGGCGUGUCUGCGGUUCAUCGGCCUAUCGGAGGCAGCGGUGGCCGUUUUCCAGAGGGAGCGAAUAGACGGCAGCCUCCUGGUGCAGCUGACUGAGGACAUCCUGUCACAUGACUUCCACCUGAGCCGACUCCAUGUCACCAAGAUCACACAGUUCAUACAGGGCUGGAGGCCCAAGAUUUAA